AUGGUAUCAAGAUAUCGAGAUAUAAUUGAAACAAAUCAAACAAAUUUUUCUAGACAACCAUCAAUUAUAAGUACAACACCUAGUAUUCGACAUGCAAGUAUUGCUAGUAUUCCUACUAGUGAUUCAACAACAAUAAAUAAAAAUCAAUUAACUGAAUCAAAACUUCCCGAUUAUCCAAAAGCAAAUUUUAAUUCAAAUGAAUCAUCAAUGAAUAUAACAAAAAAAUUAGAACGAGCAUUAUCGAAUAUAGCACCAUUUUUACGUGAUAUAUUUAUAGAAUUUUCAUAUAUACUUACAAAAACAUUAGUUGGUUCAUAUGGGCAAGAAUUAUUACCAAGUGGUUUACAUGCACUUAAACAAACAGCAUCAGUUGUUGAACUUAAACAUGCUGGUUUAGCUUUUAUUGAAUUAGUUAAUGAAGGACGUUUAUUAUCACAUACAAGUAAAGAUCAUGUUGUUAAAGUAGCUAAUGAAGCUGAUUUUAUAGUCAAUCGUAUGCGUGCUGAUGAUAUAUGUAAAGCAAGUGAAUUUGAACAAUUAUCAGCACAAACAACUGUUGAAUGUAAAUCAGAAAAACAAUUAUGUGAACAUUUUAUAACAGCAGCAAGACAACGACAUCAAUUCAAGAUUAUUUUGGAAAUUAGAUCCAUGGGGGAAGAUGAUUUAAGACGACGACGACGUUUAAUACGUAAUCCAAAUGGUUCUAUACAUAAUGAAGCAACACAAAAAUCAUCAUUUAAUAAUGAUGAUGAAAUAUUAAAAGUUGAUGAAAAAGAUCUUGAUCAAGAUUUUUCAGGACCAAUACGUUUUUCAACAGAAUGUUCAUUAAUUUGUGGUAUAAAUAUAAUACGUGGUACUUUAGCUAUGACACAUAAUUCUAUGUUAUUUGAUGCUGAUGAAUAUGAUGAAAGUUAUAUAAAAAUUGAUUCAAAAAUGUUUUCUUAUAUUGAUAAUAUUCAUGGAAAAUGGCAUUUUAAUGAAAUACGA